GUUACUGCUUACAGAGCAGCAGAGGGGCAGAAGUUUGCGCUGAUUACUUGACAAUAGGUUUAAUAAAAACCUCGAUUAAAUUAUAAAUGUUGUAAAUUAGACUUUGGAAAAGAACUCGGUUGAAAGAAGCUUUAUAUGUAUAUCAGUCAUUAAAGGUUAGGUAGUGAAGUGAUCUUUCAGAGAGCAGCUGGUUCAGACUCUAAAGUUUAGAUCUAUGUGACUCCUGCUGUUCAUGAUGACUGGGAACAUCUUCAUCACCAUGAUGACUGUGUCUGGAGUUAUUCUGUCAGGUGUUUGAACAUGAGAGGCGGGGAGGUGAGUCUCAGGUUCCAGAGUUUGUGCAGAGGAAAUACCUCCCCGCAUCAUCCACCAGCCCUCUGAUGUGGUGGUGAAAGUGGGGAGUCCUGCCAAGCUCUCCUGCAGUGCCGAGGGCAGCAAGCCGCUGACCAUCGAGUGGCUGCGGAAUGGACAACCGAUGGAUCUUUCAGGUGGACAGUGGCAGACCAUCACCCUGCCUGAUGGGAGCCUAUUCUUUCUGACUGUGGGGAGAGGAAAACGGAGUCAGUCGCAAGAGGGCGUCUACGCCUGUGUGGCCAGGAACAGUGCAGGCACGGCCAUCAGCCGCAAUGCAUCCCUGUUUGCUGCAGUGCUGCAGGAGGAGUUCAUGGUGCAGCCCAGCGAUGCAGUGGUGGCGGAGGGGGAGGUGGCUGUUUUAAACUGUGGCCCUCCAACAGGACGCCCUGAACCUAACAUCAUAUGGAAGAAAGAUGGGAGGCCCAUAAACAGCAUGGAUCAGCAUUACACUGACCUGAGCAAGAAGCUUAUCAUCGCUCCUGCACAGAGGAACCACUCUGGUGUGUACGUGUGUGUGGCCAGCAACACUGCAGGAGUAAGACAGAGCAGGGCGGCUCGACUGUCUGUGCUAGCCAAGCCUGUGUUGGUGCUGAAGCCAGAAAACGUGUCAGUGAGGGUGGGAGAGUCUGCCCAGUUCUACUGCCAGGCUAAAGGUGACCCCCCACCUGCUGUGAUCUGGAGUAGAGAGCAGGGGCCUCUGCCUAACGGCAGGUAUCUUGUAAACCCAGACCAGACUCUACAGAUCCACUAUGUUACCUCUCAGGAUGCUGGGAAGUACACCUGCACUGCUGCCAAUGACGUAGGUGUGGUCACUGCCAGUGCACAGCUGCUAGUUGAAGAGGCAGCCAGCACUGUCCAGAAAGACCUCCACAAAGAGCUGUCAGCCCUGAGAGUCGCCCUGGAGAACGUCACCAUCGUGGUUCCUGGGUCAAACUUUUCCCGGGUGCAAUGGAAGCUGCAGUCCCUCUCUGCUCAAACUCAUUACCUGGAUGGCUUUGAGGUCCUCUAUCGCAGUCUGCUGCCUGCCAGCUCAGACUGGGCUGCAAAGAAAGUGACUAUGCCCAGCUUCCAGACUCUGGUGGGGCCUUUGAAGAGAGGCUUCAAGUAUGAGUUCAAAGUUCGUCCCUAUGGCAGCAGCCUGUACGGUAGAGAGAGCAAUACGCGGCACCUCAGAGUACCUGAAACAGUGCCCAGCGCACCCCCACUGGCUGUUUCCAUCACAGUGAGCCGUGAGCAGAAUAACACAGUCAGUCUGAGCUGGGAGCCUCCUCCUCAUGACACCCACAAUGGCAUCAUACAGGGAUACCAGGUGUGGUGUGUGGAGUCUGAAGAGCAGCUGCACCAGAACUGGACUGUGGAUAGUGGCCGGCACAGCCUGGAUAUCUCCACAGUCAAACCAGGACGACGCUAUUGGAUCACCAUCGCAGCUGUCAACGGAGCGGGAGUAGGAGCUUUGAGUGACCCCCAUGGAUUUGUCAUCAACCCACAAACAAGCAGCCCUCCUGACUCGGACAGGAAAGAUCAGGAUGUGUCUCAUGUCCUGGCCCUGCUUCAGGACCCGGUGCUGAUCGGCAGUGUUGGCGCCCUCCUGUGGUGUGGUUUGAUGGUUGUAGCUGUCUGCCUCUGCAGACGCCACAGAAGGACAGGUCACCUGAUCCCCAGACAUGGCAGGACUAAAGGUCUGCAGAGACUAGCCAGUGAAGAUCUCAUCAUUAAACACAGGAUGGUAGCUCCAGAUUCCCCCUGGAUCUCUGGAGGCUGGAGACCCGCCUUCAGCCAGAAGUAUCAGGACCUGUGGGCUCAGGGUCAGAAACAUCCGGGCCUCAGGAGCACCAGUCUCCCAGUCUCAUCAAAGAAGGACCCCAGCUGUCUGGACUCAGCCGUCCCCGUUGUGACCGACGGCUGCGGCGUGUACGGAACAUUUUACGUGGACCUGACGGGAAACGGACUGAAGACCUUCAGCAGUCCGAAGCGCUGCCCUAAAAUGCCUCAUGGUCUGCUGCAUCAGCAAGGGACCGAGACCAUCCAGAUAUUCUCUCAGCCUGUUUCAAAGAGCUCGUCCCUCGGUAGCCAAGACGCGUUACCAUGGAAACAGGCCAUACGCCCCCAGCCGAAGAUGGGUUUGCUGAGGGAGUCCUGGGAGAAGAGCCACAAUAAGCACGAGCUGCAUGCAGUGAACAGCGUCCCCAUAGUGCCAACCAGGAACCAGGCGUGUCCAUCGUCCGUCUACAAACAGAGACUGAGUCAUAUACCGACAGGCAGACAUGGUGGACACUCAGAGUGCAGUAAAGUUGCUUGCUGUCCCCGCCUGCUGCAUUACUCUGCAUCGUUACACCUUGUUGACAUGCUGCCCCCACCACCGCCGCUACCCAUAGAGGACACCACAGACGCACACAGCUUUACCUCAGACGAAGGUUCCAGCCGUUCUACAAAGCUAACAAUGGACAUAGGCUCUCUGCAGUCAGUGUCUGCUGCAUCAAGUCAACGUGGACAACCCGGACAUCCCAACAUCAACAACAACAGCAACAGCCGUCCCUCCUACAGCCACUGGUCUACUACAUCAUACUCCAGAUCAAUGGAUGAUCAACAAGGAGGCACACUGACCGCAGAGGAGGCCACUCAGUACCUGGAGCUCAGUCCCAAACCGGAGAGAUGCAGCAGUGUCCUGCCUGAGCAGCGUCCCUCCCUGCCCCUGCCUUUCUCCUCCACCCUGGGCUACAUCUGUGGUCCAGUGCGCUCCGCUCAGCAGGAGAUUGACCCAGCAAACACUGAGCCUGAUGCCCCACCUAUUGGCCUGCGACACGCCCGCCUCCAGAGCUCACCUUCCUCCUGCUACAGUGAAUGGGACAGCUCACUGUGGAACACCUGGAGUUCUGUCAUGGAUGGAAACCUAGCCAGCGCUCGCACCAGCCUCAUCAGCUCCGUGGAUAGCUGCUAUACCAACGACAGCGCCAACUUUGCUCACCUGCUGGCUGUGGCAGCGGAGACGAUGAGUGGAGCCUCUUUGUCAGACUUCUCUCCUCCAGCCUCCCCUCUCAGCGCGAUAUAUCCGUCAUACAGAGGAGAAGGAGACUUGUACGGGGAGCUGGAGCCUGUUCCUGCGUGGGACUGGAGCAUGGCCUGGGUGGAGGAGAUGGAGGCUCAGUAUAGAGCACACUAUCCUGGAAGAAGCAGCAGACCCUUUAACGUUUAGGGAUGCUGUCAGAAGAUAAAACAACCCUAUAACUGGAUCAUGAGAUCUUUAGAAACAGCUCACAAAGAGCUAAAAGAAAAAAGGACAGACGUGAAACCAGCAACACUUUUACUUUUUAAGAGUGAUGGGAACAAUCCUAUGAAGAGUUUGACAUCUAGAAAUCUUAUAAAUAUCUCGAUCUGAAAUCUAACUCUGGAUGUUUGCUCCACCUCAGCAUGUCCGAGUUUUCCGGUUUACCUGGAGGCAGCCCAGCUACCUUUCUUUAAAUGAUGCUUUUCCCUCUCUGUAUGCCCUCCUCUCAUUAGAGAACAGGAUAAUGAGAUACUUCCUGUGGGAUGUUCUCACCCUGCGUGUUUCUCAAAAGGCCAUAAAGACACAGAGACAGGAUGUGAGAUGGUGAGAAAGCAUCAUUAGGCAGAAGAAGAGAUUUCCUCACGGCACACGUUUAUUCCUCUUUAUCAUACGUCAGGACUUCAUUGGAGCUCAAGUCAAACCAAACAACCCACAGAGCAGUGGAUUUGUACAGUUUUUCACUGAGUGUGUACAUACAGCAGAUUCAACAAAUGUUAUUUAAAAAACUUUAAGCACAUCCAGAAUCAUUUACUGUCUCUGAUUGAUUUUAUAUCUUUGGUUUUGUUCACUUUCUAAUUUUUCAUUAGACGAGAGAGGAUGUAGGAAGUAGAGGAGAUAUUUUUUAUAAUGAAACAUUGUUUGUUCAUAUUUAAACGAGCUAAUGGAACUAACUUGAACUUAAGUAAGCGUUCAACAGACAGAAAUGUGAGAGUGCCGUGAGCUUAACUUAGAUUCUCAUGCUUGUUUAUAUUUUUAUCGAGUGAAAUAGACUAAUAGAGUUUGACAGUUUGUUAGAGCACGCGUCAUUUUGUGUUCCGGUAUGUUUUAUGUUUUGAAUAAAAUCUUUGUAUGGAUUGAAAUCAAAUGUGACAUUUUGUCCUUGAUGAACUGUAAAAUAAAACAUUUUAUACACAACAAACUGUGACUGAAGCAAG